GUGUCCUCGGGCCGGGGCGGGUCCCCACCACCCCCGCAGGCUCCAGAGAGUCAGGGGCGCGUCAAGCGGGGCGGGUUCAGCGCCGGCAGCGGCGGCUGCGGGACAGCAAGCGGUGCGCACCGGUCUCCGGCUUGUCCGGCUCCGAGCGGCGGGACGGACGCUCCGGGAGACUCUCCAGCCAGCGGCGGGCCGUGCUCGGACGGCGCUCGCCCGCAACCGGGCUCCGCCAGCAUGUCGGCCGCCGUGGCUUGCCUGGACUACUUCGCAGCCGAGUGCCUGGUGUCUAUGUCCACCGGACCCGUGCUGCACCAGCGCGCAACGAACCCCGAGGGAGCGGGAGCCGCGGGAGCCGCAGCUGUCGCCGAGGUGGGUGCGGUGCCACGGGAGUCGGUGGGGACGGGUUCCGGGACACGGGGGGUGCUGUGGAUCCCCCCGGUCCUCCAGAUCCCCUCCCCUAACCCUGGCGAGGGCGAUGGAGCCCCCCACCUGCUGGCUGCGAGCGCUUUGGCGGAUCUAAGCUGCAGUGCGGUGGAAGGCUCCCGGGAGACCUUGGGAGAAGUCCCGUGUGCCUCAACUAGCUGCUGCCAGCCGACCUGGUGCUCCAGCCCCACUGGGUGCUCCGAGCCGAUCCAGGCCUUCUUGGAGGAGGAGUUCUCCGGAGCUGAGAGCUCCUGGGGUGAACCUGCCAUCCUGAGUGCACCCGAUGCCCAAGAAGACCCCGAUGACAGCGGAGAGGGGCCCGAGGGGCCAGAGGGGCCCCCAGGGGCCCGCCCCUCGCCAGCAAUGGGCCCGACAUUCCGGAGAAGGCCGAUUACACCCGCAUCCAAGCGACACCAGUGCGCCUUCCCGGGUUGCAACAAAGCCUACUACAAGUCUUCGCACCUCAAGUCACACCAACGCACUCACACGGGGGAACGCCCCUUCUCCUGCGACUGGCUCGACUGCGACAAGAAGUUUACGCGUUCUGACGAGCUGGCCCGCCACUACAGGACGCACACGGGUGAAAAGCGCUUCUCCUGCCCGCUGUGCCCCAAGCAGUUCUCCCGAAGCGACCACUUGACCAAGCAUGCCCGUCGCCAUCCGACUUACCAUCCCGACAUGAUCGAGUACCGGGGGCGUCGCCGCACGCCCCGCCCCGCACCCCCAGCCAUGGCGGAAAGCUCUGGUUCCGACUCCAGCUCAGGCUCUGGCCAGGAGACCAGCUUCACUGCUUGA